CCCCUGUGUAGGUGUCGGCGGUUGAUUGGCAGUCCUGGCGGUGUCUCAGCUGUGUGUGUGUGUGUCCGGCGGAGUGUUGCCGGUGACCGGUGAUGGGAUUGUCUCUGAGCUCCGAGUCCGCUGAGAGCGGCAACGAGGGAUACCAUGUCCAUGGGGUUCAGGAGAAUUCUCCAGCACAGAAAGGAGGACUUGAACCAUUUUUUGAUUUUAUUAUAGCAAUUGGACAUACAAGGCUGAAUAAAGAAAACAGCAUGUUCAAAGAUCUCUUGAAAGCCAACAUGGAGAAGCCUGUGAAGCUGGAAGUUUAUAACACGAAGACAAUGAAAGUGCGAGAACUGGAAGUCACCCCAAGUAACAUGUGGGGGGGUCAGGGACUUCUGGGUGCAAGCGUCCGAUUCUGCAGCUUUCAGGGUGCCAAUGAGCACGUGUGGCAUGUCCUGGACGUGGAGCCAAAUUCCCCAGCAGCUUUGGCCAGGCUGCAGCCUCAUACGGAUUACAUUGUUGGGUCUGAUCAGAUCUUACAAGAGUCGGAAGAUUUCUACGCUUUGAUAGAAUCUCAUGAGGGGAAACCAUUGAAGCUGCUGGUCUACAACACUGAGACCGACUCCUGCCGGGAGGUGUUUGUAACCCCCAAUGGGGCAUGGGGAGGUGAAGGAAGUUUGGGAUGUGGCAUUGGUUACGGUUAUUUACAUCGGAUUCCUUUACACGCUAUGAGGCCGGAUCAAAAGUAUGAGAUAAAACCACCCUCACCGUUGCCAUCAGAAUAUGAGCCUGUGCUGCCUGUUGUGCCACCAACAAAUGGAUAUAGCGAGGCUCCUCUGCUGGCACCAGAAUCUCACACUGAUAUGGCUGAUGAAGCUGUCACACUGGCUGAAAUGCAAACGCCCCACGAUGCUGGAGAGCAUACGCUGGUCCUACCGCCACCGAUCCAGAGAGUGGUAAAUCCAGGGUUUCCAGAUAAUUCGAACAUCCAAGUGUCUGAAAUUCCAGAUGUAACCAAACUGAUAGAUGUAACGUCACCAGAAUUUCUCAACGUGACUCCGGAGCUUCCUAUAGUAACAGACAAGAUUCUGAGUGCUGAAGAGCUCAGUGCAUACAUUGAACAGGUGACAAUUCCAGAGGUGCCACCACUUGGAAUGCCCAUAUCACACACUAUCUUGGAGCAGACACUCGCUGAGCACAGCACAGCCACCUCCGAGGACCUGGCCAGUACCCCGGCACUGGACAGUCUGGAGAAUGGAUCACAUGCUCAAGAGGACAGUCCACUCCCGACUGCUGAACUGCAAACCACAGAGGAUACAGCCACCCUCAAAGCUGAAACAAAAUAUGAAUAGAAAGUAAAAGACCUAGAAUUUUAUUUAUAGUUGCCAAGUUUUAUCAGCUUUCCACUAUGCUGGGUUACAACAUGCAUGGUCGCUAAUAAGACAAUUAAAGGUUUUAUUUUUUUAAAUCUUUUCACAACAAGCAAUUUUAUGCAAUGGA